AUGCCCAAAAGAAUCGUCAUCAUUGGCGCUGGAUUUGCCGGCGUCUGGAGUGCACUCUCCGCCCAACGCCUAGUAAACCUCACAAAGAACGAAAAAAACAUCGAGGUCUUGGUCAUCGCCCCGGAACCAUCCUUGGUUAUUCGUCCACGGCUUUAUGAGGCCAAGGCGUCCAGCAUGACCCAUGCUCUUGAUGCUCUUUUCCAGGAGGCAGGAGUACAGUACCUCCAGGGAUGCGCAAAUACGAUUCAUACCGAGAAGCACGCCAUCAAGUUCCAAUCUGCUGACGGCAUCGAAUCAACUAUCAACUACGACCGCCUCAUUUUAGCAGCUGGAAGCAGUGUGGUACUGCCAAAUGGUAUCAAAGGGAUCAAGCAACAUGCUUUUGAUGUCGAUUCCCUAGCCUCUGCUACAAAGCUUGAGACCCACCUCGAGAACUUGUCAUCGCUUCCAGCAAGCCCUGCUCGUGAUACCAUCGUGGUGUGCGGUGCUGGGUUUACGGGAAUCGAACUCGCAACCGAGCUGCCUAAGCGCCUGAGACAUGUCACAAAUCCUCGGAUUAUUCUAGUUGGGAGUGCAGACCACGUUGGCCCUGAUCUGGGACCAGGCCCUCGUCCUGUUAUCACGCAAGCUUUGAAAGAUCUCGGGAUUGAACUUAAGCUCGGUUCUUCAGUCACAGCAAUCGAUGCGGACGGAGUAACGCUUGCAUCUGGCGAGCACAUCGCAGCAAUUACCUCCAUCUGGACAGCUGGUGUGCGCGCUACGCCCCUAACACAACAAAUCUCCGGCGACAAAGAUGACCUAUUUCGUCUUCGUGUCGACAAAUAUCUCCGCGUUCCAUCGGUUGACCAUGUUUAUGCCACAGGCGACGCUGCCUGUGCUCUCGCCGAUGACAUGGGUCAUUACGCCUUGAUGUCAUGCCAACAUGCAAUUCCACUUGGCCGUGUGUCUGGCCACAAUGCUGCUGCCGACCUUGUUGGCGAGCCGAUGAUUGAGUACGUGCAGGCGACGUACGGCUGCUGUCUCGAUCUCGGGGCUUGGGGUACUGUGAUUUCUCAGGGUUGGAUUCCAGAGGUCACGGUUACUGGGAAUUUGGCAAAGAAGGUUAAGUGCUAUAUUAAUCAGAAGCUGAUCUAUCCCCCGGCCAAGGCUCAGGAGGCGCUUGAAUUGGCUAACCCGGUUGGACUUGAUUCGGAUCAGCUGUUUGAGCAGGUGCUGCAAGCUGUCGCAUAA